CUGAAGGCACAGAGACGGGAUGAUAAAGGUCAUCCUUGUUCAGUUCCGUUGGAAAUUGAAAUUAGUUAAUGGGUAUGUUUCAGGAAGGGUUGGUAAGGGGUUCAUGCUGAAGGCAUAGAGAAAGGUUAAAAAACAGCAUCCCUGUCCAGUUCCAUUGGCAAUGGAAAUGUGUUAAUGUGUCUGUUCCAGGAAGGGGUUGGAAAGGGUUUCAUGCUGAAGGCAUAGAGAAGGGAUAAAAUGCUUCAUCCUUGUUCAUUUCCAUUAGCAAUUGAAAUGAGUUAAUGGGUCUGUUCCAGGAAUUAGAUUCGCUUUCCCCUAGGGGGCUUAAUGAAUGUUUUGGAUUGAGAUGUUUUCUAUAGAUUUUAUAUAUUGUAUAUACUAUUUUGUUACAUUGCAUAUACUAUUUUGUUACAUUGUUUUUAACAAGAUAUUUAUUGUCACAUUUUUCAGAUAAAGAGGACUAUGAUAUUUGAUUCGUGUUAUAUACACACAGAUUGACUACAAUCACUUGGGAUACAUGUGUUAUUGUAAGGUCUGGAAGGGUUAACAAGUCACAUGCAGGGUUUGAUUUCCUGUGUGCACUGGGGGGUGGAAUGUUUAAAUUGCACUGUGUUCAUUGUUUCUGUAUUGCACCUGAGGAAGGGGUUCUGACCCCGAAAGCUUGUGCACUCAAUAAAUCUGCAUAUGAAUUAAGGCAUUGCCUGGACAUUUUUGGUGUGCUCCUUCCCACUUCACAUAUCUGUAUAAUAUUUGGCUUGGAGGCUGCCAGGGAUACGGAUGCACCCAGCAAGCAAGUAAGUGGUGUGUGGCUAAACACUAUUGUUGAUCCACAUUGUGCUUCCAGUUUGCCUUGCACCCACUAAUAAUUCAUUAAUCUGUGACUGACAAGAUGUCGUUUGCUGAUAUAGCAAAAACAACAGACAAAAUUGCAGAAGUAUUGAGCUUCAGUGAACAAGAUCGCAAUCAAAUUGUGAAUGAUAUUAAAAGCUUUUCCCUACCAGAUUUGGCCAGCCCAGGUGAUGUUAAUCGACAACUUAACUCCCUGAUGCGCAGAGAAUGUAACUUGAAAUGCCAUGCCACAGCACUGGUGGAAUAUCUAAAAGUUAAGCGAAUUCCACGAGGUCUACGUGUCCCCUUGGCACCUAUUUUGUGCAAGAAUGACUCAGUAUAUAAAAAAGAAUGGAAUAUGAUACUAAAUCGGUGCUCGUUAGAUCUCAUGGCAUUGACCAUUCGGCAUUUACAAACUGCCUUACAACAAGUGCAACAACAGAUUACCCUGACUGAACAAGAACUGCGGAAGAACCAUCGUGAGAUGGAAUCUACUCUAUCCGAGAUCCGGGCGGAGAUUGCCCAGUAUGAACGAGAGCUAAUGCUGAACAAAAUCCGCAAGUUCAAACGUGACACCGAAGAUUACGCCAGCGAACAGGUUUACACAUGGAAGACUUACAGGCGGGAGCAGCGCAACAAAAGACAAGCCGAACGCCGACCAGGAAGAACUAUAUCGGAUGUCUCAUCCUCAAGUGGUUCCUCCAACUCGCAAGCAGCAGGGGAUUUUUUAUCCAGUACCCCAGCACCGAACGAAAACAUCGGAAGGUCCGAAGGGGGAGGAAGCAGAGGAAAGGCCGCUCUACCACGGAUCCGAAUGUCCCAACGGAAGGUCAACCAGAGAUAAAGAGGACUAUGAUAUUUGAUUCGUGUUAUAUACACACAGAUUGACUACAAUCACUUGGGAUACAUGUGUUAUUGUAAGGUCUGGAAGGGUUAACAAGUCACAUGCAGGGUUUGAUUUCCUGUGUGCACUGGGGGGUGGAAUGUUUAAAUUGCACUGUGUUCAUUGUUUCUGUAUUGCACCUGAGGAAGGGGUUCUGACCCCGAAAGCUUGUGCACUCAAUAAAUCUGCAUAUGAAUUAAGGCAUUGCCUGGA